CAGUGGCUCAUGACCUCGCUGUUUCCUCUGAAGAAAAGUAUAACACCGUGAAGAUUUACCUUGUCUCGAUACCUUCCUUCUUUACUCUGAAUCUGGAGAUUACCAUCCAAAAACAAGGAAUUUACCUACGCAAGCACCGUGCCAUCACGGCUAUGCGGCGUUCCACCCACAUCCUAUUUGCCUUCCGCAACUGAUGUGCCCAAAGUGCAGUACAUUGGCGUGGUUAAUAUCGUUCAAUGCGCCCUUUUCAACAUUUCUUUCGGCCACGCUGUUUCCGUCACGAUUUGGACGUCGAGUCCGGCAAUCAUCAACGUCCCAACAACCCCGGAAUUUUGAACACGACCAUCUUGCUGUCAUCGUCGUACCUGGUUUCCUUCUUCAAGGCAAUCUGGCUGCGCCAAAAUUUUGAUCGAC